AUGGAACACAAUCAGAGUAACAGCUACUACUACUACCAAGAACAUCAAUCUGCCGCACCCUGCGGAUAUGAGAUUUAUAUCCUUGUUCCUCGUGCCAUGUAUUUGUGGCGCGGAGAGCCUCCUUGUCCUCCAAAACUCUACGAUUCUCUCGCAAAUUCUCCCCUUUCCCACCAGCCGUUCGCAGAUCAUCCGCAAGAUUUAGGAGUCGCAGAAUUCUGGGAGUCUCAAACUGCCACCCAAGAGCUGUUCCCAAUUUUCGAGUCGAGGAUUGGAUAUAUCACCCCAGUCCACGAAUAUCUUCCGAACAUGGCCUCGUACAAUGCUCAAUUGAUUCGAGUGCGCGAAGAGGUCGUUAGUGAAGCUCUCGAAUCAUUGAGACUGAAUCCCAAUACGAGCGUCAGUGAUUGCUACCGAUUCGCUGUUCGCAGCUUCCUCGGUCGUUCUGUUGAAGACAACAUCCUCGACCUCGUCACAAGAGUCGACCUUGAAGUCGAAUUUGCACUCAGAAUCAUCCGAGCCACUAAGCGGCCGCAAGAACUCACCACUGCGCAAAUGGACAAUUUGCAGGCACUUGGAAAAUCAUUCACAGAAAUGGCCACCUCCUACCGCUACGUUUGGCUUAAAGAGGCAAUCAGGCUCUACCUUGAGCUCGAUGCCCGGGCCGUUGUUGAAGAUGCUGACCAGUUCCUGCGAUACAUUGGAGGAACAAACUCGAAAGCCGAGCGAGUAACAGGCAUACUGAAAGAGAAUGGAGCUGAGGGUGCCAGCAUCAACCCACUGCAUUACGGCAAUAGCAGUAGCGGAGGUAAUAGACUGGAGGAAGCAGGUACAAGAGAUAUCAGCAUGCUGGACGUCGUUGACUCAGCUCUAUCCGCUCCCGAGGGCGGUGCCGCGCCCACCCGUGACAACAAUACCGCUGCCAGUGGAGACGACUCGGCCCUCUAUGUUCACAAGGACGUUGAUGACAUCACUACUUGGUCAAAAGUUAUCAACGGCCACUCUGUUCUGUUCGCUCAAUAUCAGCACGGCAAGCAACGACCCUGGAAAUGCCUCCUUUGUGACAAAUGCUUGGUCAAUGAGAAGGGAAGCCUCACAAGCCAUCUUCGCCAUCGGCAUGGCCUGACCGGUCUCAGAAAUAUGCGUAUAAGGAAUGAAAAUCUUUCGAAUUUCCAAGGUCACGAUGACAACGACUGCUACAUGUGGGGCGAAUUUGUCGAGAAUGAUCCAUUGCCGUGGAAGUGCCUGCUUUGCGUGAACCAUCAGGGGGUGAAGGUCGGCAAGAGGACAUUUCCACGACAUUUUCAGAAAACGCACGGCAUCAAAGUAAUCCUGCCUUCUGUCACGCCCGCUAAUAUCGAACGCGACAGGCAAAGGAAGAAGCCGGCUAAUGUCUUGACUAGAAGCCUCGAAGACGAAGCCGAUGCUGACGCCGACAAGGUUCUGGACGACUCCCGGCACGAAGAUGAGGAUGCCAAUGUCCAGGUCCGUCAGAUAACGCAGUCGUUGUUAGAUUUAUUGCGGGCAACGGACGCUUAA